CUUCUUGCAUCUCCUCAUCCUGGGUACUGUCAAUUCCUAUCCCUUCCCUGCCUCUGCCCGUCAUGUCUUCGUGCUCAGCGUUGAGACGGCUGACCCUUAGGUCUAGCCCCCGCUCUUUGUCCUCGCGCGUGGUUGCUCCCUCCUGCUCCAGGUUCUCCGCUCCCCGCGUCGCCACCAGCUCGUUGAAGUCCCCUUCGGCCACAGUCUCUCAGGCUUCUCGCUUCUCGACAAUGUCUCGCCUUCAGGCUGCCCCGGUUGCUCUGGGCGAUAAAGAGUACGACCCUGAGAUCAAGGAUCUGGCAGAUUACAUCCACAAGUACAAGAUCGACUCCGACUUGGCGUACGAUACUGCUCGUCUCGUCUUUCUCGAUACCCUCGGUUGCGGUCUGGAGGCACUGAAGUUCAAGGAAUGCACCAAGGUCCUUGGCCCGAUUGUCGAGGGCACUGUGGUCCCCAAUGGCACCUGCGUGCCCGGAACCCCGUACCAGCUGGACCCGGUCAACGGUGCAUUCAACAUUGGUGCCAUGAUCCGCUGGCUCGACUACAACGACUGCUGGCUGGCUGCCGAGUGGGGUCAUCCUUCUGACAACCUCGGUGGUAUCCUCGCUGUGGCUGACUGGAUCUCCCGUACGAACCGUGCCGGAGGCAAUCUGGGAAACGGCAAGAUCCUGAAGAUUCGCGAUGUCCUGGAGGGCAUGAUCAAGGCCCACGAAAUUCAGGGUGUGCUGGCUCUGGAGAACUCGUUCAACAAGGUCGGACUGGACCACGUUGUUCUGGUCAAGGUCGCUACCACAGCUGUGGUCUCGAAGAUGCUGGGUCUCACCGAGCAGCAGACUGCUGAUGCCAUCACCCAGGCAUGGGCAGAUGGCCAGAGUCUGCGGACCUACCGCCACUCUCCUAACACCAUGUCCAGGAAGUCCUGGGCUGCUGGUGAUGCAUGCCAGAGGGCUGUCAACCUCGUUCUCCGCGUCCAGAAGGGCGAGAAGGGAAUUCCAACCGUUCUUUCUGCCCCGGUCUGGGGUUUCUAUGACGUUCUGUUCAAGGGCCAGCCGUUCAAGUUCCAACGCCCGUAUGGCAGCUACGUCAUGGAGAAUGUCCUCUUCAAGGUCUCCUAUCCAGCCGAAUUCCACUCCCAGACGGCCAUUGAGGCUGCCCAGAUCAUCAACAAGAAACUCGCUGCUCUGGGAAAGACCGCCAAGGACAUCAAGGAGAUCACCAACCGUACACAUGAAGCUUGCAUCCGCAUCAUUGACAAGCAGUUCAAGGCAAUGGACAACUUUGCUGACCGUGACCACUGUGUUCAGUACAUGGUCGCCACCAUGUUGGCCUUCAACCGUCUGACGGCCGAAGACUAUGCCGAUGGCUCUGAAGCCGCCACUUCCCCUCUCGUCGAGGACCUCCGCAAGCGCAUCCGCUGCGUCGAGGACCCCCAGUUCACCAAGGACUACCACGACCCUGCCAAGCGUACCAUCCCCAACGCCCUCACCGUCACCCUCAACGAUGGCACCGUCCUUGAAGAGGUGGCUGUUGAGGCUCCCCUGGGCCACCGUCUCAGACGCGAGGAAGCCAAGCCCGAGAUCCUCGACAAGUACAAGCGUCACCUGCAGGCACACUUUGACCAGGCUCGCAUCGACGAGCUCAUCAAUCUGGGCAACAACCGGGCUGAGCUGGAGAACUACGAUGUUGACAAGUAUAUUGACUUGUAUGUCAAGGAUAAGAUUGCUACUGCAUGAUUGAUUGGUAUUAUGUUUUGAGCGGGUUUUAGUACAAAGAGUUUUGCUUGCAAUGAUACGAGACAUAUUAGUUUAUACCAUAAACAUAGGCAUUAGAAGCGUUUUUUAUUGCGUAUGGGUUGGUUUAUUCCAGCCUACAAAAUCUGUCUGCAGUUAGGAUUUAAGUAGUGAAGUAGUGAAUUAGGACUUUGAGGUAAAGAAGAGUGAUAAA